AUGCUUCUGCUUAAGAGGGCCAUUUUCGAAAACACGACUCGGGACGUGAGGGCAAUCCUCGCACUGGACCUGUCCAAGGCCUUCGACAGGGUAUCGCAAAGACACAUUCUGACUGAGAUUUCCUCUCUUAACCUGGGUCAGCGUUUUCAUGACUACACCCAAUCUUUUCUGGCGGAUCGCAAGGCACACCUCCGAAUAGGCACGGUCUCGGAAGGGCCUUACGAACUAGGCAACUGCGGCACCCCACAGGGUUCCGUGCUCUCCCCGCUCUUACUCAACAUCGCCAUGCACAAGCUCUCCACUCGCCUCGCUGCAAUCCCGAACGUGGGUCACGGCAUUUAUGCGGACGAUAUCACGAUCUGGGCACCGGGCGGCUCGCUAGCCAUGCUCGAGCACUCGUUGCAAAGCGCACUGGAGGCUACGGAGGACUUUCUUUCAAACACGGGCCUUGAACUCUCCCCUGAUAAAUCAGAGCUACUGUUAUACCGACCGUCUAGAAAGGGGGUUCGAAACCUUGCGCCUCUGGAAACAUUGCCGAUAGAAAUUCGAGCUAAGAAUGGACAGCCUAUACCGAGGAGGGACUCGGUAAAGAUCCUAGGUCUCCUUAUUGAUGCCAGGGGCUGUAACUCGCAGGCCCUCAACAGGCUCACUAGACAGGCCAGUAAUGUACUGAGACUUGUAUCCCGCGUUUCAAAUCGAAGAGGUGGUCUCAAAGAGGACAAUCUGCUCAGAGCUUACCAGACAUUCUUUCUCAGUAAUGUUCUUUACAUUGCGCCUUACCUUAAUUGGGCUAAGGCGGAGAAGGCCAAGCUUGACUCCCUCAUCAGAACUGGUCUGAAGCGCGUGCUCAGCCUUCCGCAUUUCACGGGCAUCGAGAAGCUUCUGAAGCUAGGCCUCCACAACACCGCUGACGAGCUAAUAGAAGCUCACAGAGCGGCUCAUAUAACGAGACUUUCAUCCACUAAGCCAGGGAUUAAGCUUUUAGCAGAAGCGGGUAUUCAGCCUAGACAUGAACAGGCGACAAAAGUUAGCUUGUCCCGGGAGAACAGAAAUCGCAUCAUGGUUGACCCCGCCCGCGAAACAUCCACCCAGUGCACCAUAAGAGUCGAGGAUUCGCGAGAGCCAAGGCCAUCCUUCAAAAGAUCAAUCAACAGAAACUAG